AGCCUGCAGUUCUACCUGGAGCCCCCGACGGAAAAUAUCUCGCUGGUGGAGUUUGAAAGCUUUGCCGUCGACCGCCUGAAGCUGCUCAAAGUAGUUGAAAACCUGGGUGUGAGCUAUACGAGAGGUAGUGAAUCGUACAAAACUAAGCUGGAGGCUGAGCUCCGGAGACUUAAUUUUUCUUUGAGAGCUCUGGCUGAGGAUGACUAUGAGGCAAGAAGAAAAGACCAUAUCUCUCAUUUCAUACUACGCCUCGCUUACUGUCAGUCGUAA